CUAUGAUUGUAGGUAUAUUGAAUUAUAAUUAUUAUUUUAUUGAUUAACCAGAAUAUUUACCCAUUUACCGCUAUCUAGUAGUAAAAACGAAUUCGGGAAAAAUCAAUAGUCUCGCCCUAUAUGAAUGGCUUCCAGCUUCAGUACCGAGUAUUUUUCGUCCAUGAAUAAAAUAAUGUUAGUAUAAUUCCAUCCAAUUUUAAUACAAAUUAUUUGGCUAAAACAAAUUAGUCUUAAUUAAGUUGAGUCGUUUAAUAAUUAUUUUUGAAAAAAUUUCAGACACUGUUUUUGAUUUUAAUUUUUAAUUUUUUUAAUUUUGAGCGCUGGUAGAAAAAUGUUAUUCAUCUUGGACGGACAUUGUUUUUUCCAUGGCUAAAUAACUAGGUAUGAUCUCAUUAAGACGCAUUUGCGUUCUGGGCUGCGCACGUACUAUUCUUCACGUACUAUUCACGAUUUGGCAUGGAAAGAAAUCCUAACUGGUUUUUUCCAUUGUUUUUUUCUACAAUCACAUGGCCCAGUGACGUCUGCACUGCCGUGACUCGUAUCACUGAUUCUUUAUCUCUGAUUCUCUUCUAAUCUUUAUUCUGUGCACUACAAUUCUUCAUAAUCCUGUUGCUCGUGCAUGCCUAGCCUGAAUCCAACGUGAAGAUUCUACAGUUAUUGGUGUUAAAAUUUUUUUUUUUGCUUAACUUCAAGUAUUCAAAGGUAAGUCAUAUCCACGACCCACCCGGCCACCCCUAAAACGGAAUUUUGCAUCGUAACCGUCUACUGACUUUUUAUGGGUUGUGACAGAUAUUGCGAAUGUGCAGUUUGUUAUUGACAACUACAUUCCUCUCAUACUCCCACACACCAUUCAGACGUUCACUUACACGAGCGUUAACAGGGCCUGGAGAAAUUGCUUUAACAUUUUUAUCGUGUUGGUACCUAAAUAAUAUAAAUUUUAUUUUUCAUUCCAUUUCCUUCAGGACUCUGCUAAAGAUACCAAUCAAGAUGGCUCCGUCAUACUACGAUUAUGGCAGAAAAGAACGUGAAAUAUUCGACAUCGGUUAUAAUGUGCUCGGCAAGUGCAAGAUAGAUCUGAGCACAAGUACACAAUUUGGAAUCACGGCUAGUGGUUUUCAAGAAUUGGAGUCGGUCAAUGUUCCUAUUUAUUUUGAAACAAGAUACAAGUUCUACAAAUCUAAAUACUUGAUUUCAUUGGCUGAGAAAUGGAACAUGAAUAAUAAAAAUAAUAAUAUUACUACUCAAGUUUUGAUAGGGGGCUUGUUACCAGGUUUCUUACUUACAACUGGUGGUACAUUUGACUGCCAGAAACAUUCUAUAGCUCCAAGAGUGCGCUGUGAAUACACUAAUGAUUAUGUAUCACUCAAUUUGGACACUAAAUUCGAAGCCCUGAAACCUAUUAUUGAUGCCUCUGCUAUAGCUGUUUACAAUGGAUUGAUGGGAAUUUUUUUUGUUAGAUAUAAUACCAGCGAACAAGUAUUACAGUUUGGCCAAAUUGGUCUCAGUUAUAAAGCUAAAAAAUUUGUGGUAACCACUACUGUAAAUUAUAAAUAUAAUUUUAGCGGAUCAAUUAUCAGAAAAUGUAUUGAACGAUUAUAUUUGGGUUUAAAAGUUUGUUGGUCACCUGUAAUCAAUCGUAGUUACAUUGCUAUUGCUGCUCAAUACAGAAUAAAUAGAGUUGUCAUGUUUCGUGCUAAGAUUAAUUUGAGUCAAUUAUUCCUAAGUUCAAGCAUUCAAAUCAAAAAAGGUGUUAAUUUGACAUUGGCUAGCAUACUGGAAUGUCGUCAGUUCAACCAGAUCAGUCACAAAUUUGGUAUUGGAUUGCAACUUACUUGUUAAACAAAUAUUAUACACAGCCAAACUUUUUUAAUUUAAAUUGUUUAUCUUACUUACAAAAUGUAGCUACAUGCCUUUUCAAUGUAAUAAUAUACUUAUAAACUAUAGUACCCAAAUAUAUAAUGACAUACCUAUGAUUAAAUUUGUAUUAGCACAUAAAAUAGUAGUAUUUUAAAUUUGCUUUACCAUUCAACUUUUAGGGAACAUUGUAUGCUUCUGCUUUUAAAAUGUCUGUAUAAAUUAUUAUUAAGUUCCAUUAAUUUUCCUGAAAUGUUGUCUUUAAAAUUAAUUGUCUAAAUACUAGAGAUUGAAAUCAUUGUAUCUAAUAUUUUGGUAAUAAAAAUUAAAUUUUAA